AUGUCCAGCGAAGAUGUCAGGCUUGGAUUUGGGGCAGACUUCGAGGAUGACUCUGAUUUUUCAGGCCGCAAAACGCAAAUAUCCGCAUUGAGUGCAGAGGAGCAGGAUAGUAAGUAUUAUCCAUGCAUUUGGGAUGCAAGAAAGGCACUAAGUGAAGGAACUGGUGAUAUACGGACAAUACGUGUGCCGGAGUUCCGAAAGCGGUAUGCUGAAUUCUUCAAAACGCAUCCGGAUGUGCGGAAAAUCGAGAGUGAGAGCUACAUUAUGGGGGGAAAGAUCAAAAGUAUCCGCAAGGCGGGGAAGGGAAGUUACUUUAUCGAUAUAGUACAGGACGGUGUACGGGUGCAGCUGAUGGCGCAUCACAAGGCGAUGGCGCUGGAUAAGGCUGAGUUUGCGCUGCGCCAUGCGCAGCUGCGCGCAGGCGAUCAGUGCCUAUGCGUGGGAAAUCCCGCGGCAACGAGGGUCGGCGAACUUUCCUUGCGCUUGACGCGGCCUGUGCUGUUGGUUGCACCUGCGCUCCACCCGCUCCCGCCCAAGCUUGCGGAUACUGCGCUUAUCAACCGCAACAGGGUCGUCGACUACCUCGUGAACCAGCGCUCGCGCAACGUGAUCCUGGCGCGCGGCGCCAUCGUCUCGGCGCUCCGGCGCUUUCUCGAGGCGCGCGGCUUCCUCGAGGUGCGCACCCCAAUAAUCGGCGCUGGCAACUCUGGCGCAAACGCUACUCCGUUCACCACCAGCUCGGCGCAUUUGAGGCGCAAAGAUGACCAAUCAAAACUCGAGAAGUUGAGCCUUCGAGUGGCGCCUGAAUUGUGGCUCAAGCGGCUGAUCAUCGGCGGUUUUGACAAAAUAUACGAAAUAGGUGCGCAGUUCCGCAAUGAGGGCGUCGACGCGACGCACAAUCCUGAAUUUACCACAUGCGAGUUUUACCAAACGUUCACAAGCCUGGAGGAGUUGAUGGCGCUGACCGAGCAGCUGUUCAAGGAGGUGUGUGGGGCACUCGUUGGUGGCGCCGGCGCGUAUGCCGAUUUGUGCCGCCCGCAGUGCGCGUCCCUCUUGGGCGCCAUGGCGCAGUGCGGCGGGCGGUUCCGCCGCAUCGACUUUGCGCGCGGGCUCGAGGCGCAGACCGGCGCACCGCUCCCAGACAACCUCUCCCAGGAGAACUUGCUAGAAUACUAUGCCAAGUUGGGACUGCCGGUGCCGGAAGUUGCGUCGGUGCCGCAGCUGCUUGAUAACCUUUCUGCAGUAUAUCUUGAGCCGCAGUGCGCAAAAAUCCCAACUUUUAUCUACAACAUGCCGGAGGCGCUAUCGCCGCUCGCGAAGAGCGCUGGCGCGCACUCCCGGCGCUUCGAGCUCUACAUUGGUGGCAAGGAGGUGGUGAAUGCCUACGAGGAGGAGAACAACCCGUUCAAGCAGCGCAGCAAGUUUGCCGCCGAGUUGCGCAACAAGAACCAGUUCAACGACCAGGAGUCGAUCUUGCCGGAUUAUCGAUACACGCAGUUUAUGGAGUGGGGAAUGCCGCCGACCGCCGGCUGGGGACUCGGCGUCGAUCGACUCGUCAUGCUUCUCACCGGCUCCGACCGAAUUGACAGCGUGCUUACUUUUGGCCGGUUACCGGAUGUGUUGAAGCAGUGA